UCCCACUAGGGUUUCAAAUCGUCUCGUCACACCGUUCGCCCACGAGCACAGAGCAAGCUAAAACCAGAAAAAAUGCCGGCUGGACAUGGUUUGAGAUCACGAACUAGGGAUUCAUUUUCGCGCCCUUUCAGGAAGAAGGGGCCUACGCCACUCUCGAUCUACCUACGGACCUACAAGAUUGGAGACUAUGUCGAUGUUAAGGUGAACGGGUCGAUUCACAAAGGCAUGCCGCACAAAUUCUAUCAUGGCCGCACUGGCCGCGUCUGGAAUGUAACCAAACGCGCCGUCGGCGUCGAAGUCAACAAGCAGGUAGGCAACAGAAUCAUAAGAAAGAGGAUCCAUGUACGGGUGGAGCAUGUGCAGCCUUCGAGGUGUCAUGAGGAAUUUCUCCAAAGAGUCAAGACAAACGACAAACUUAAGGCUGAGGCUAAUGCAAGAGGUGAAGUGAUUAGUACCAAGAGGCAGCCAAAGGGACCCAAACCUGGAUUCAUGGUUGAAGGUGCAACUUUGGAGACAGUUACUCCUAUUCCAUAUGAUGUGGUUAACGAUCUCAAGGGUGGUUAUUAAAUUAAACUGUCAUUUAUCAUUGUCUUUGUCUGGUUAUUCUGAUCUCAAGUGAACCUUUCAAGACUGUAUUAGCUAAUUUGUUUACUGUGCUUGUUGAUGCACUUUAUUAAGAUUUGGUACUACAAUAUAAGUAGAGGAUUCUAGUUCGGUAAAAUUUUGCGUGAAUGAAUUUUUAUGGUUCAAUUGAAUAAUGGGAUAUGCUUUUUUGUGUG